AUGCAAAGAUUAGCCAGUCCACUCAAAUCACGAGCGACACAAUUCUCGCAUCGUAUCAUUUGUAAUGCAUUGCCCACGUCGAGCAGGACUCUGCUGUCAACGCCAGUUGCAUAUCGACAAGAGUAUUCCACGGCAACAGAAAGUCAACACCAGGCAUCUACAAGCUCUUCUGAUGCAUUUACGGCAUCGUUGCAUGGCGGAGAGACUGCGCAGCCAUCAGAACUCCCCCGUCAAAAGACUACCGUCUCCUACCCAUACUUUGUACCGAGAAACACCAACGGAGCCAUUCCCGUCUACUCGGAUUUCAAGAAUAGCCGAACCCGCGAAUUGGUGCAUAUAAGAAACGUCGAGGGAGAUUUGCAGGCUCUCAAGGAGGAUCUCAUUGCGACCCUCUUCCCCGAAGAAAAGGUGUAUGGGCCAGAGAUCCGCAAGCUGAAGAACGGGGUGCGAAUACACCAGAACCGGCAUAUUGUGAUCCAGGGAGGACCAUGGGUCAAACGAGUACACAAAUGGCUGCUCGCCCGGGGCUUCUAA